AUGGAUCGUCAUCCCGGUGGCCCCACGACCAUCCUUGCCUGGGCGGGGAAGGAUGCCUCGAAGUUCUUCAACGACAUCCACAAGGGCGUAAAGAUCGACGCCUACUUGCGACCGGAGGCCUUCUUGGGCGACCUGGGCGUGGACGAGAACCUGAUGUCGGACCAGUUCUGGCACACGCUGCGCGAG